GAUUCGCACGUGAGUUUGUUUUGGUUCGUCAAUUUGCGCUUGUUUUCAAUAGUUUUAGUGGCGAGAUAUUUGUUGAAUAAAGAAAGCUAACAUGGAAAUGAAGGAAGAAAUUCUGAAGCGUCUAAGCAAUGCGGGCGAGGAUUUCGAAUCGAACCUGGCAUACGGAAUCAAACUAUGGAAGUCGAACAGCUUUUACUACAUGUCCAAGUACGAAGUGAUAUUCGAAUUCUGCCUUGAUCAAGUGGGUGACUUUUUAGAAGGAUUGUCCGGGCUUUCGUCGGCCGAAUUCGACGAAAAGUGGCAGAUUGUGAAUGAAUUUCUGGCUCUGCCGUGCCCAUCUAAUGCCCUUCCACCGAGGUUGAUUCCCAAGUUGAGGAGUGUUUUGACAGAGUUACGAACCAAACAAGGUGAUGCCAUUUCCAAAGCGUUGCUGGAAAGCUGUUUAAUCGUGGCAUUUGAUGUUAAGUACAAAAAUUUCUACAAAUUUGAUUACGAGAGUUACGGAAAGACACUGAAUCUGGCGCUGGAUUGUUAUCAGAUGUACUUGAAGAUGCAUUUUGUGAAGGAAGAAGAGGAGGAAACGAUCAAAAGAAUCCUGGACGAUAUAAGGAUUUACGUAAAAUCGGCCGGAGAUGACGGCAAAUGGAAGAAGGCAUUUACGUUCGCAUUGACGAAUCUGUGCCAAGUGAUUUUGGCAUUGAAAGCGCAUAGGUUAGAUCGGCAUGAAGAGCUUCUGGAGCUGUUGCGGGAUGUGUAUUUCCAGGAUGGGAAAAGUUCGAACUUCAAUCGAGUGCUGGACCAAUCGAAGAAGCGGCUGCUGAUGAGCUAUUUCGAUCCGAGCACAUUGCCGAUUCAUGUGGUGGCUCUGUUGAUUGAAGGAUACUUGAGAGCGUAUCGGGAAAUCAAGUUGGAUGUGCUGUUGUUUUUGAAAUACAUUCUUUUGUAUGUGUUUGUUGAUCCGGAGAAGUCGAUUCUUUCCGAUGUUCAUCAAAUAUUUCAGCUGACAGACUACGUGUUCUAUCUGCUGAAGAAGUACUUCAUCAAGAUUGAUCAGAAGCUGGUGCAGGACUUUGAUUUCACAGGAAUUUUCACGGUUAAAUUGAAGGAAUUCCUGGAAAAGUAUGAAUCAUCAGAAGAACAUCUGAGGGAUAUCUUUUCGUUGAUUUGUACGAUUAAUGAAUACAAUCCGCUGAUACUGGAAACGAGUAUUAUCGACAUCAUUCUUCGAACGAUGUUCAUCACGAAGGGACCGAAAACGGUGGAAAAGUUCCAGGCUAUGUUAAUCUCCACAGUUGGGUUGUACGUAAAGUUGAACCGAAGUGAGAACUUCCGGGAGGAACUGUUUAUGAAGCUCGGAGAUUACCUCGACGAUCAUGAUUUGGGUGAGCGGCUGAAAGAACUGCGAAAAGUGUCGAAUAAAAGAAAGUCGUUGGCAGCUGUGAAUGAAACGUCUGGCAAGCGUAGGAAGCUGGAUGAUGGUGAAGAAGUCAUCCAGAAAGAUUCUACCGAUGAAGAGUGUUACUUGAGAUUGCUCUACCCAUCGCAGACGGAGAAUGCUGCGAAGAAAGUGUUCCGUUUGCAGCUGCAGGACCAGUGGCAAUCGAUCGCGUUUGCUUGGCCGGAUUCCAACGGCCACCUGAAUCAGGCCAUGAUGGACUAUGUGAAAGGUCUGCUCACGAAACGUAGCUUCACUUACUGGAGAAAAAUGCAGGAUUACCUGGAAGAACUGCUUGCAACUCUCAGCGAAGAGCAGAGCGAAACUGAGCUGUUCAAGCUGGAGUUUGCUACCUGCUGGAUGUGUUACUUUUUUGCUGGAAAUACUCUCAUUGAACAGACGAACCUAUUCUGGGAAAAGCUUGGAAAGCAGUUCAUAGAAUUUGACGAACUAAUGGCGAGCUUCGGACGAAUGCUUCUUGAUGGGAGCACCCGAGAUGGUCGAGUGUUCGAUUCGUUCCUGAAGCUAGUCUACUUUUACGGAAACUAUCGAUUGGUAGUACAUUACUACCGACCGGAUUCGAUUGAAGACAGCCAGAACGAUCACAUUCAUCGGUUUUUGAGCGAUGAAGAGUGGAAGCAGUUUGAGGAAUUAGUUCCAUCAUCUGGAUUAGCGUUUCUGAACCGGAUACAUUUGCAGAGGAUUCGCGUUUCGCAGUUGAACGCCGAGUCUGGGGAGGAAUUGGAGCAUCAUUCUGAGCUUGUAGAGAAAAUCCUUGCCCCGGAAGGUUCCGAUCAGCUACGGUGGUUGCUGUUGGAUCGAUCGACGAACUGUUGGUUCUUGCAGUUGCUCUCGCUGGAGCAGAAGGUCUCCGUCGUUGAUCGUCUCUUGAAUGAUAAUUGUUACGCAGAGAUCGAGCACGUCGUUGAACAGCUUGCCGACGAUCACGUCCUGAUGGAAGUGGUAGUACUAUCCACCUAUAAGAAGAUCGCCGAGACGGUCUUCGGUCAAUGUAAAUCCUCGGUGACCCGAAAGUUGUCCUUUGACGGGAUAUACGAAUUCGAUGAGGAUGGUACCAUGGGCAGGAUUCGGAAGCUACUGGAGAAGAAAGCAGAGAAGAAGGACGCGGUGGUUGCUGUGAGUAAUGUGGAUCAAUUGAGAGAUCUGCUGAAGAUUUUGAGUGAAAUUCGGAUUGACGAGAUCGCUGAGACAGAGAAGACGAUCAUCGUUGCCGUGGGUAUCCUGGUCUUCACCGACGUGAUGACCUGUGGGGAACCAGAUUUGAUCACUUUGCAUGGCAACAUUAUCAAUAAACAACUGACAUUCGGAAUGGUGCCAAAUCUGCUCAAGUUCUUGGACAUCGACACGUUAAUUCGUAUUUUCGGACAGUCAUCUCCCGUGAUGGUGGCAUUCAUCCGGCAAACAGCUGCCUACCUAACAGAGGAAGCAUUCGCCAGUAUACAAGCAAUGUUGGAAAACUUCCUCCAGCAGAGCGACGAACGUUUCGAGCUGAUUCUGUCCAUUUUCUUCUACUUGCAAAAGAGCAAUGCCAACCGAAGAAAGUUGAUUCCUGCGGAGCAGUUGAGCGAGCUGAUUGCACAGUACGUCAGUGCGAUUGAGGCGUUCAUCGCCAGCAAAACGGCGAAGAAGGUGCGGAAAUCGGACCUGGAUAUGUUCAACAACCUACUGAAAGGAUGUUCCUUGAUCAUUCACUACAAAGCCGUCUGCAAGAAGGAGCUGUCGGAUGACUUGCGCGAGGUGUUGCUGCAGUACAUCGAUCAAGCGCUCAAAGUGGACAGUCUAUCUUCGAGCACCCUACUAACGAACGCUCUCCAGCACAAAGCCUUCCUCAAGCUGGACCCGGAACGAAUCGAUCUGGUAGUGGAAAAUCGGUGGUCCGGUUUCCUAACCCAGUUGCGGAACGAAUGUCAGAAUGGUGCAGAUUGCACAUCAGCAAACGACUCGGACGUCGACUCCCUUCAUAUGCAAUCGAAAAAUGUCAAGGUGUUCGCUGCUUUCCUAACGCACCACCAGACGGCGAAAAAGCUUACGGUACGGUUCAAUCAGCUGGAGAAGGAAGCCGCUUCGGAUCGAAGCUACCGAACCAAACAGUUCGUUCUGAGGGUUUAUGCCGUAUUUGCAAAGAAUGCCUUCGGGUCGGGAGUUUCGCAGGAUGUGGAAAAGGCAUUCGUUAGAUCGUUCGGAACGGUAGUGGCCGAUGAGAUCGUACCGCUGUGCGUGAUGAAGAAAUUAUUCGACGAUCGUAUUUGUUUGGAGGAAAUCCUCAGCUGUCUUUCGGCGGUCGUUUCCAACCCUAAGCUCACCCUGGUACCGUCUAUCAUGGACAAUAUGUUGGAAUUCCUGAGCUGUAUCAACAUCAAAAAGUGCGCCGUCAAAGACGGUGAGGAAAAGGUCUUCUACCAGCUGCAUCGGUUGAUCAGUGACGUUUUGUACCUGAUGAUGAUCAUCAGACCCAACUACGUUGCCAAUCGCCUUCCGCAGUACUUUUACGUUUACAACGGGUUGAUCGCUUCGAUUAUCUCCUACAAGGAAGAUCGCCCGCUCGAGAAACCUUUGAAUAGUUUUGAAAUUCUAACACUGUCGGAUCUGUUGCUACCACUGGAAAAGAUCAUGAGUCACGCCGGGCAGAAAGUUGCUAAAGACCUCCGCAUCAUGGCCCCGUACGUGCUGGCGCAGAUUAUCCACUUCAUCAUUCAGAGCAAACGAUCGACGACGCUGCACGAGAAGAUUUCCAGAACCGUUUACAACAUCUGCUACGGGUUGAUUGAAAUUUACGAUAAGCACUCGUCCAGCUAUCUGCUGCGGACGUGCGACGAGGCGUCGAAGAACGUCUAUACAGAGAUCGUGAAAGGCUUCCGGAAGUAUCGUUCCUUCAAGGGGAAGAUCUAGGCAGGCAAGUAUCGGGAUUUUAUUAUUUUAUGGCUAUAAUUGUGAAGUAGACUAUAUUUUUCUCAGUUCGUAA